CUCAGUCGGGCAGAAAAACACAGACAGAGAGAGAGGACGAAGAAGAGGAAGAAAGAAACAGUUGAGAAAAAACCCAAUUAAGAUUUGAUCCUCUCUCCUUCUCCAUUUAAAAAAAAAAAAAAAGGAAAAAAUAAAAAAUUUUCCUCCAUAGCUGUUGUCAGUUCAUUAUUUUAUUUUAACUUUUUUGGGGAAUCCAUUUUCACACCUUAUUUUUACGAUAAUUGACUCUUCACCCUCUAAUUUGGGUUCUCUUUCUACCAUCCACCCCCAACCUCAAACACCUCUCGUCUCCUCCGUGUCCGUGUUUUCCAUGUUUUCCUCUAUCAUUUAGUCCUUUUAUCUUCUUUAGAUCUAAAGAUUUUCAAAUUCCCUAGCCACCACCACCGCUGCCACUGCUAAGCGGCUUUGCAGAUCCAUCGCCGAUAACGUUCUAAAAUUUUGGAAAUCUAUGGAUGAUUUUCCUGGUCUUUUAGCCCGGGACUUCGGGUACAAACCCCAAGGUAAAUCCGCCCCUAUGGCUCCACCUCGCAAUAACAACACUACUACUAGCUUCUCCUCUGUCAAUUUUGGUCUUGGAUCCGGUGCUGCUCCUGUCCAUUCCCGAUCUUCCUCCGCUUCUAGCAAAUCUGCUCCUGUUUUCGAUGAUCACGAUCGUAGCCCUAGUGAUGGCUUCUUGUUCAACGAUGUCUUUGGUGGACCACCUAAGUAUACGGAAUCGCGAGGUGGCGGCGGAGGAGCAAGCGGAAGCGGAGGAACUAACUCUUCGUCUUCUACAUUUGAUUAUGACUCCAUUUUUAAGGACCAGAACGCGAAAUCGGCCUCGAUGCCGGUUUUUGAUAAGCCAGUUUAUGAUGACGAUAUUUUCGAUGGAUUGCCUGGGCUGAAGAGUGCAUCGACGGGUCCACAAUCUGCUAAGUUCGAAAAUGUGUUUGCUUCGAUCGGGACUCCUCCUUCGCCUAAGCACAAGUCCCAAAACAAUAGUUCGCCAUUUGAUGAUCUUCUGGGGACUUUAGGUAAAAAGGAGACUGAGUCCAAGAGAGAGACUGCCAAAGUGGAGAACGAUUCAGCUGUUUUUGAUGAUUUGCUUCCUGGUUUUGGUCGCAGUAGCUCCCCAAGUAUUAGCAGGUCAACAUCGGAGCCCACUCGUUCCCAGAAACCAUCUGCAAAUUCAGCCAGGACAGCCUCCAGCAUGAUGGAGGAUCCAUUUGUAGUCUUAGAGUCUAAUUCAAUCCCUGCAGCUUCAUCCUCAGGGUUGUAUGAAGAUCCAUUGGAAGAAAUUAAUAAAUUAAGUAGCUCUGGAAGCACCAAGGUUGAUAAUGCAUCAGUUAAUAGGGGAGUGUUUGAUGAUGUAGACUCUUUUGAUAAUCUUGGAAAAUCUGUUCCACCAGUUUCUCCUGGAAUAAACAGGAGAGCAAAAGAUAGAAGUCCUUUAAGAACUGGACCAAACAUGAGUGACACCUAUUCUCCUGCCAGUAAAGAACCAGUUGACAAAUAUCCUGUGGAUGAGGUUGAAGGCUAUUCACAGAAGAAGAUGCCUAAUGAUGAUUUCCAGGAAUCUCAUGAAACCUUCUUUGGAAUGCCUUCUACUACGGAUUUUCAAAGAUCUGUUGGUCAAAAUGUGUCCUCUCCUUCAUACGUGAAUGCUGUUCCUAAUGAUGCAAAUUCACCUCCAAGAUCUGAGGAAGUUUCAGACUCACCUGAUGAUAUAUGGCUUACUGUAUCUGAAGUUCCUCUUUACACACAACCUACAAGUGCUCCUCCCCCUUCUAGGCCCCCACCUCCUAGACCACCUCGGACUUCAAAUGCAAGAAAGAAGGUUAACGAAUAUUCUGUCUCAAAUUCCACCUCAUAUUCUCAAAGCCCCGUGUCAUCUCGGGCAGCAAGGAGCUCAGCAGCUUCUCAAAUGGAUGAACUUGAAGAUUUUGCUAUGGGUAGAGCGCAGAACAAUGUUAAUGAACAUGCUGAUGUUCUAUUUGGAAAUGAUGUGGAAGCAAAUGCAUCUUCUGCUGCUGCAUCUGCUGCUGCCAUGAAGGAGGCCAUGGAUAAAGCAGAGGCCAAAUUCAGGCAAAUGAGAGAGAGGGAUUAUCUAAAGACUGCCAGAAGUAGAGAAGGUGGUCAACAAGAUAAAGAUAUGCAAGAAGCUCAGCAGAGAGAAAUAAGGGAAAGGCAAGAGAGGUUGGAUCGCGAGAGACAACAAAGGGAAAGGGAGGAGGAAGAUAGAGAACAGAGGAGACUUGAGAAAGAGAGGGAGAGAGCUCGUGAAAUUGAGAGGGAAAGAGAGGAGAAAGAAAGGGAGCAGAGGAGGCUUGAGAGGGAGCGUGAGCGAGCAAGGGAGAUGGAGAGGGAAAGAGAAAAGGCAAGACAAGCAGUAGAGAGGGCAACUAGAGAGGCACGUGAAAGAGCAGCUGCUGAAGCACGCCUAAAAGCUGAAAGGGCUGCUGUAGAAAAGGCAGCUGCUGAAGCUCGAGAGAGAGCAGAAAGGGCUGCAGUUCAGAGAGCACAAGCUGAAGCCCGUGAAAGAGCAGCAGCAGAUGCAAAAGAAAGAGCAGAAAAGGCUGCUGCAGAAGCAAGGGAGAGAGCUGCUGUUUCAAGGGCUGAAGCUGAUGCUCGACAGAGAGCUGAGCGAGCUGCUGUUGAAAGGGCUGCAGCAGAAGCUCGGGAAAGGGCGGCUGCUGCAGCAAGGGCAAACCAACAAAAGAAUGAAAAUGAUCUCGAAUCAUUCUUUAGCUCCCGACCAAGUAGCGCACCAAGGCCUAGAGCUAACACAUCGGAUCCUUUCUUUGAUACCCAAACUAAGGGAGGGUCUGAAGCUGCCAGAAGGACAUCUGUGGGAGCAACAUCUAGCAUGAAGAAAGCGUCUUCAACUGCAAAUAUUGUUGAUGAUCUAUCAUCAAUUUUUGGAGCUACUGGAACAUCUGGAGAAUUCCAAGAGGUUGAAGGGGAAACCGAAGAGAGGCGAAGAGCUAGGUUGGAACGCCAUCAAAGGACUCAGGAGCGUGCGGCAAAAGCACUGGCUGAGAAGAACCAACGAGACCUUCAAGCGCAGAGGGAACAGGCAGAGAGACAUAGAAUUGCUGAAACACUAGAUGUUGAGAUCAAGCGUUGGGCUGCAGGAAAAGAGGGGAAUUUACGUGCUCUGUUAUCAACAUUGCAAUAUGUGCUAUGGCCUGAAUGCGGUUGGCAGCCUGUUUCAUUGACCGAUUUGAUAACUGCUGCUUCUGUUAAAAAAGUUUAUCGGAAGGCAACUUUAUGCAUCCAUCCUGAUAAAGUGCAGCAAAAAGGCGCCAAUCUUCAACAAAAAUAUGUUGCUGAGAAGGUGUUUGACUUGUUGAAGGAAGCGUGGAACAAAUUCAAUUCUGAGGAGUUAUUUUGAAUUACUAUGGUGAAUAUUUUACACUUAGAAAAACUUGAUUUGGCAAUUACACAAUUCAUGGGGAGUGGAAAUGCGCAACUAUUCCAGCAAAUGUAUUCUUGCAUUGAUAGAAUUGCGCAUAGGAGACAUUUGUAGCUUUUGAGAUGCCUAAAGGGUGAAGCAGUCUCCUGUAAAAUGAUGUUCCUCUGGCGUAUGUUACCUGAAAGCUGGAAUUGCUUCUCUGUGUAGAGUAUCAUU